AUUAAAUCGCCGGAAUUACCUUAUUUAUCUCUGGGUAAUAUUUGCCCUCGCAAAUCCGAGACAGGCUGCUAUUAUUUCUCCCGUUGCUGCUGUUAGGGUUUUGGUCUUGUUCUUAUAACUCGAUAGGUUCGGUUCUCUCGUCUCCGGAUUCCUGAAAAUCAAGGCUUCCAAAGAGGGAAAUUCUACUACCGUUUGUUACACCGGGGUCCUCCAGUGCCUGGGGGUUCCCCCCGUUCUGCUUCUGCCGGUUGAUCUUAUCGAUUUGAAGGGAAGACUUUGUGUCUGUAUGUUUAUUUGUGGGGUAGAGAGAAAUUCGAUGUAAUUAGUUGGAAUUCCAAGAAUUAAAUUAUUGUUGGUUGUCGCGGGAGAAUCGCGGUCCCUAUAGCAAUGGUUCCGACACGAUUUGCAUGGCCAUAUGGUGGUCGGCAGGUCUUUCUUAGCGGUUCUUUCACCAGGUGGACUGAGCACUUGCCGAUGACUCCAGUGGAAGGUUCGUCAAUGGUUUUUCAGGCAAUUUGCAAUCUUGCACCGGGCUAUCAUCAAUACAAGUUCCUUGUUGAUGGUGUAUGGCGGCUGGAUGAAAAUCAGCCUUAUGUUACUGAUGAAUAUGGGAUGGUAAAUAAUAUUAUACUUGUAAAGGAAUUGGAACUUGCUCCUUCAAUUUUACGCUCAGAGCCUUUCCCUUCUAAAUCAGGCAUGGAUGUGGAUAACGGCAACUUUCAGCAACUGGCUUCAUUGUCAGGUGGCAUACAACGGGAGCCAGUGUUGCAGAUCUCAGAAAGUGACAUAGAUGUUUCUCGUCGGCGUCUUUCUAUACUAUUGUCAAGAUGUACGGCAUAUGAGUUGCUUCCCGACUCAGGCAAGGUCUUUGCGGUGGAUGUUAAAUUGCCUGUGAAACAAGCAUUUCAUGUUAUGUAUGAGCAGGGACUUGCUGUUAUACCUAUUUGGGAUGACUCCAAGGGACAACUUUCAGGAAUGCUGACUUCUUCCGACUUCAUCUUAAUCCUAAAAGAGCUACAUAACAAUGUCCCGAUGCUUGCUAAUGAAGAGCUUGAAAUGCAUCCAAUUCUGGCUUGGAAAGAAGGAAAGUUUCAGCUUCACAGAAAAUCUGAUGGGGCGAUACAGCCACCAUUUAGGAGGCCUCUAAUCCAAGUUAGUCCGCAAGUGUCUCUAAAAGAUGUGGCUUGGAAGAUUCUGCAGAAUAAGAUAUCAACUGUUCCUAUAAUUCAUUCAUCGCAAUAUGGGUUGUGUCAACAGUUUCUACAUCUUGCCUGCCUUCCUGGAAUACUAAAAUAUAUUUGCAGGCAUUUUAGACACUCUCCUGGAACGCUGCCUUUUCUACAAAAUCCUGUUGGUAGGCUUCCUUUGGGAACAUGGGCACCAGAUAUUGGAAUAGUAAAUGCAUACCAACUAACAACAGUGCAGCCUAAUGCCCCUCUAAGUUCUGCCCUUGAUUUGUUAGUAGAAGCUCACGUAAGUUCCAUACCUAUUGUUGAUGGUAAUGGCUGCCUUCUGGAUCAAUUCUCCCGAAGUGAUAUUACCUCAUUGGCAAAAGGCAGUGCAUAUGCACACAUUCGGCUUGAUGAAACAAGCAUGCAUCAAGCACUACUGCUGGUGUACAAGGCAAAUGGUCCCCUCAAUGCUCACAAACGAUGCCAAACAUGUCUGCGUUCCGACUCACUGCUUAACAUUAUGGAGCGUUUGUCUGAUCCAGAGGUGCGACGGCUCAUUGUCAUUGAACCUGGUAGCAAACGUGUGGAAGGCAUAAUUUCAUUGAGUGAUGUAUUUAAUUUUUUAUUGGGAUAAAAGCUCCUCUGUAAAUUUCCUUCCCCAAAUGUUGAAGUUUUGUUCUUUGCAUAAUUGAUUCAAAGAAAUAAAAUUUUAUCACAGCAAUCA